GCCUCGGCUCAACUCGGUAGCUCCAACCUACCCAUCCAUCAGUCCAUCCCCUCAUCUACCAUCUAUACACAUUGAACUUCACCAACCUAACUUUAACACCUACCAUACCUCCAACCAAUCCUACAAUCCACCUAUACACACGCAAACCCAACCCACAAUGUCCACCUCAAUAGCGCUCAAAAAGCGCCGCCUCCGAAGCGACUACAUCUACCACCAAACCCACCGAACAAGAUGGUUCGACAACGACAUGUACGCCCACCUCAACAACACCGUCUAUGCGAUGCUCUUCGACAGCAUAAUAAACACGUACCUGAUCACCCACUGCGGAAUGGAUCCCUUCACGCACAACAACCCCACCCUUACGACACCCACACCCUCCUCUUCUUCUUCCACACCCUCCUCCUUUAAAUCCUCUCAGGUGGGCAUAAUGGUCUCCUCCUACUGCGACUACUUCUCAUCGGUUUCAUUCCCGGAUAUCUUGGACCUAGGGCUGCGAGUCACGAAGCUAGGGAAUAGCAGCGUGACGUAUGAAGUCGGUGUGUUCAAGGAAGGGGAGGAAGAGGUGAAGGUUGUUGGGGGGUAUACGCAUGUUUUUGUAGCGAGGGAGACGAUGCGGCCGACGAAGGAAGGGAUGGAGGAUGGGGUUAGGAGGGCGUUGGAGAGGUUGCUUGUUCGUGAUGGUGAGACCCUUGGGGCGAAGUUGUGAGUAACUUAGUAGGUAUGGUGAGGCCUGUUCCUGGUGAAUGGGAUGGAUUGGGAGGGGGGUUGGGGAGUUGUAUGUAGUUGAUAGAAAGGGAUGGGUAUACAGAGUACUAUUAUCUUAAAGUGUCCUGGUGACAUUCGUUGGCUAAUUCAUGUUGAGGAUGGGGAUGUGGUGUCUCCUGUAUCAGAUGAGCUGGUGUAGAGGUAGAUGGGACUACUGGGAGGGAGCAG